CCACAGCUUCUGUAUUCGCCGCAAAUCGCGCCACCCAAAGGAGUUACUCCAGUACCCGGAAUAUUGUGGAUUUGCAAUUCCCUUUGCAUAUCUCUAUGUUCAUAGCCGACGAUAUAAUUAUUAUGGUCCAUCGCACAGAGAUUACACAGGAGACCGCCCGCGAAAUAAGUAUAUGAACCCAUCGGAGCCAUAUCAUCGACCAAAUAUUAUUUUUUCGCAACGGUCUGAUCCACCUUACUACCGAUCACAAUGGAACUUAAAUAGAUAUAAAAAUGGACCGAAUAAUAGAAAUAACAGUCGUUGGAUAAAUAAUUCUAUGUAUAAUAAUAAUUCCAAUAACUGCAAUACUAAUUCAAAGUAUGAAAAAAAUGAGACAGGUAGGAGAAGGGAUAAUUCAGUACCACCAUACAGUAAUGAAUCUGAUAGAAAAUCACUGAGUUCUCAAAAUAUUACGAAUACAACAGAAACCGCAAAAACCGAAAGAAGAUCAGAAUCUACACCAGCUGCUAGUAAUCGAGUUACGGUUACAGAAGAAUCAAAAAUUGUUGAAAAUGUAGGUGUUAAAAACUCUACUCAGAACACUGCUACCGAAAAGGAUAAGAAAAAAUCAGAUAAUGUAAUACCAACGCAAAUUCGUAAACUAAACGAAGUAAGAACUUCACCGAGAAAGAGACCGCCUAAAAAAGAUUCAAAAAAUGCCAGCAAAGUAACACCCAGUAGUGCCAAGGCAAAAAACUCCCCUAAAACAGGCAGUGAGAUUUCAAGGAAAAAUCCAAGUGGCAGCAACUUAGGGAAAGAUAAAGAUAAAAUUGCGGUAGCUGAGAGCAGUGAAGUUAAUACAAAAACUAACGAAUUGAAAUCAACAUCAGAAAAUGUGACGAAGAGUAGAGAAAAUAGUUUAACGGUAGAAACUCGUACAGACCAAGUCAGUACAGAAUCCACAGAAAAUAAUUCACUGAAGUUACCACCCGUAGUGUGUGCAAAACAAAGUGACAAAGUUAAUAAAAAGAUACUCGCCGUAAAACCAAAAACUGCAAAAGAAAGCUGUCAAGCGAAAAGUAGAGACGUUUCCAAAGGAAGUAAAGAUAAAGAAAAAAAACCUAUUGACGUAAAGCAAUCGACGAAAGAAAAUAAGACUGAUAUUGAAAAAGAAGGUGACGUAGUGAUAAAUAUAAGUGCAGUUAGCGGAAGCUCCAAGAGCUUACAAAUCGAAACGAAUGAGUCAGCUAUAAAUACAGUAAAUGUUCGCAUAGAGGCCGAGGAAAUUAUCGCAGCUCCGGUGCCUGAAAUUCCAUGCAUUGAAAUCGAUUUAAACACAUCAGACUCAUCUGAGAACCGGGAAGGUAUUGAUGAAGAGAUCUCCAACCUUGAAUGCAAAGUUUCACCCAUUAAAGAACCCAGUGAUAAGCCACGAAUCUCUAUAAUUCCCUUAUCACGACUUAUACGAAACGAACUCAUCGAAUUAACGGAUGACUCAAGUGUAGCCGAGCUCGAAGAUGCGCCUGCACCCGUAAUAGCUACGAGUACACCAACCAAACGCGUCUGCCGACCUAAUCUUGUGAAGAGACGUCGACAAAUUUCGACUUGUAGCAACUCCAGUGGUACCACAGAAAAUCUGAUUGAAAAGGUUGCCGGUAUGGAUAAGUUCGGCAUCAAGCAGGUAAUAAACAACAGUGGAACACGCUUCGAUGAGGCGUUAAAAGCGCAGGCACGCAAACGUUUGCGCGAAGAGAUACGCAAGCAGUUGAAGUCAAUGAAUCUGGAAGCGGCAAAGGAUUCAGAGGAUGUAAACUUUGUGCCCGAUGAUAUUGUCGAUGCUAUAUGUAUACCAGAUAUAGUAUUGGAGGAGAUACGUAAAGCUUUUGGCAUAGAGAUAUUUUAUAAAAAAGACGCGCAGCCAUCAGAUAAUCCACUGGACGAAAGCGCCGCAAAUGUAGUCGAAAUCGCUGUAGGCGAAGGGGGGAAUGUUACGGCAAUAAAUGCCUCGCCACCACUACAGGAAAGUCUUGUGGAGACGACGUCAACAGCAGUGCAGCCAGUAGUAGAAAGUGUUGCUGAUAAUGCGAAAAAAGACGCUGCAAAAGAGACAACAACACAAAAUGAAGUGGGACAAACAAUGCAAAAUGAAGUCGCACAAACAAUGCAAAAUGAAGUAGGACAAACAGCACCACAACCAACACAUAGUUGCCACAACGAGCAGGCGGUAAUCGAAGACCAAAAAGAUCCAAAGCUAACGGAAACAGUUAAAGCGCCUACGGCGGCUGAAGGCGAAAAAAAGCCAACGGAAAAACUUACAAAGAAGCACCAAAGUUCGACGUCGCGGAAACAUAGUCGCAAAAAGACGCUCAAAGAUGUAAUACUGGUCGAAUCGUCAUCCUCUUCGAGCAGUACGUCUUCUUCCAGCUCCAGCUCGAGUAGCAGUUCCGAUAGUGAAUCUGAGACUUCAGCCAGAAGUGUUUCAUCAUCGGUAAAACGUCGACGACUAAAACUGCGUGUAGAUGCGCAAAAUGUUGUCGAAAGCUUUGAGAAGCUCAUAUUGCCCAGCAUCAGCGAGAGUUUGAAAGCUCGUUACCGCAAUAAAUUUUCGAACUCCACAUAUACGCGCCUACAUUUCAUCUCCUGCAUCUGUACCAGCGAAUAUAAUACGCGAAAAUUCACUAAACCUGAAAUUGCGAAAAUACAAUCCAAUUUAAAAUCAGAGGAUCGCACUGUUGCUUUGGAGUUUCUUAUGCGUGAAAUCGUCAGUGUUUUCAACAAGCAGAAAGAGGCAGCAAAAAGAGAGCGUGGCAGUAACAGAACAAGAAAGGAGACCGAAAGUAGUCCUGACAAGCCGCAAUCAAGCAGGGCACAAGCAGAAGAUAUGAGCCGACGGUAUGACGCAGGCGGCGAUAAAGCUAAUGGAAUUUCCAAACAACAAGCAGUUAAAGGCAGCAGCAGCAGCAGUCGUAGUCGCAGCGGCAGCGGCAGCGGCAGCAGCAAUAAGAAAAGUGCCAAUGCAGCAGAAAAAAAUGAUGUUGGAAAAAAUUACGUGCAAUCACAACGAACACCAGUGCCAUCACCAACGAAAAAUCCACAUCAAAGUGUGAAUAGCCAGGCAUUAAUGAACACAAGCGCGUCAGAUGGGGUAAGAAGGAAAAGUGCUGGCAAUGCAAAAACCGCAGAUGAGGCGGCGGCGGCGGCUGGUGGUGGGAGGCGUAAAACAAGCGCAGAUACAGCCGCUGAAACGCGCAACAAUUUACAUGAAAUGAGCAACACCACUAAUCAAGAAGAUUCUAAUGGCAAAUCGUUGGCGAGUGCGACAACACGUCAGCAGCUGCCGACUACUACCAGCACCACAAUCACCACCACCAACGCCGAAGGUAUUGCAACAGCGUAUGAACAACAAUUACACAAUAGCAUUUUCGAAAGCGCCAACACUGCCGCGCCGUUAAAUGAGUCGAGCAGCAGCAUAGGCCUGCAUUCUCCACCCGCUAAUCGCUCAUUACUUGAUAACAAGCUCAGUGGUAGUGGCGCGUCAAAUCUUUUAACGGGAUUUGAGCACAGUAUUAACGGGCUUUUUGGCAUGCCCAGCGUGCCAUCUUUGAUCUCUAGCACACUAUUUCCCAAUGUAGAUUUAGAAGCAUUGCGGCAGCGUAAUAUCUUAGGAGAAUUCGUAGUGAAUAAUCUACGUGAAUACGAUAUGAAGUUAAUGGAAUUGCAUAAACGUAAAAUGUUCAUCGAAGAGAUGAUACUCAAAUUGCAAAGGGACAAAAUGGAAGUGGAUAUGCAAACAAUGCAAUUGCAAAAUGAGAAAUUCUUCUUGCUUAAUACCGCCAUGACAGCAGCGGCCAGUGAACUGCCGAAACGCGAAGCCGCCGCCGCUGCAGCCGCAGCUAGAACAUCAUCUUUGUCGCCACCAGGCGCGUCGACAGCGCCACACUUAGACGCACAGCCAUCUCAACAAGAGCUCCCAAAUGGCAACGCGCGUACUAUGCAGAGCACAAACGCAAAUCAGCGUAAGCGUAAAGCUAACGAUAAUAUUGGCUCAAAUGCUAAGCGAAAACGCGGUCCACGUAAGCGUGGUGGUGCCGCAGCUGCUAAAAAGCGAGCUAAUAAAUCAAAAUUACCAACUGAAACGGUCCAAAUGCCAACACCCACAGCUACUCAAAAGACUCCUGCAGUUGGUGCAGCUACGCGCGAACGCUUCCGAGUCCAAUCGUUUCAGAUAUGGAACAGACUAAGUCCAAUGACACAGCUACAUUUAUACGAGCGUUGGUUAGUAGCCACUGGUGAAGAUGGUCGCUUGUAUCAGUUUUGCGCCAAGACACUCAAAAUGGAAAAAGAAUUCGCCAAACACAGUGAAAAUAUUACACAUUCCUAUUUGUGCUGCGAAAAGAAAGUGCUAUAUACAACAUCACUUGAUGGGUAUUUGAAAAAGACGUCUUUGGAG